CACACACACACACGUGACGCCGCGAGAGAAUGUCGGAUAAUAGGUUAAAGCGUUUCACUUUUGACACAAAUCUAUCUCGACGAUCUCGUGUCGCGAUGACAGGAUCGAGAAGCGGUCCUUCUUCUUGGUGUCCUGCGACUCCGAGACGAUACUGUCCACGAGAUACAUGAGGAUCUUAUUGAAUUGCACUAUUCAACGUUAAUUAUGUAGUCCUCCAUACAUAAAUACUCAUUAGAUUCGCUGGAAACUCCGUUGUUUGCGCAAUUAUAGUUGUUAUCUGUCACUUAAAAUCGAGAUCCUCUAUACACACCCAGUUUGUCGUCGAUCGUCGAGGAAGUUGCUAUUCGUGCGGAAAUGAACAAUACAUGGAAUAAAGAGGAAGAGAAUUAAAAAUUGUUGCACAAUAUUUUUGAAACUUUUAUACCGCUUUAUCUAUAGAAAGUUUGACAAGCAAACUUUGUACAUAAAAAAUAUUAAAAUGAAGGAUAAUACAGUAAAGGUGGUAUUUGCUUCUUUGUUGCUGGAUCUUCUGGCAUUUACAAUGAUACUGCCGCUGUUGCCUGCCUUGUUGGAUCAUUACAAAGAGAUAGAAAAUGGACACGGACUGUACUCUACUAUUUUGAGCUAUAUAAAAAGCAUACAGAUAUUUUUUGAUGCACCAGAUAAAGUCAGCACAGUUCUUUACGGAGGUUUCUUAGGUUCUAUGUAUUCCUUUCUGCAGUUUCUAGGCUCGCCAAUUAUUGGAGCAUUAUCAGACAUUUAUGGACGAAAACCUCUGAUGCUUCUGUGUUUAACUGGCAUUUCGCUCUCGUAUCUUCUAUGGGCUUUUUCUGCAAAUUUCGCUAUAUUUGUAUUGGCAAGAUUUGUUGGCGGCAUUAGCAAAGGAAAUAUUAGCCUGUCAAUGGCUAUUAUCAGUGACGUUACUUCUCCGCAAACGAGAGGAAAGGGAAUGGCAUUUGUGGGAAUAGCUUUCUCGAUAGGUUUUGUGGUGGGACCAAUGAUAGGAGCAUUUUUUGCAUGGAUUUCGAGUGGUAACAGAGAAGGCACGUGGUAUGUGUUACCAGCUCUGUUUGCUCUGUUUCUCUCUUUAAGUGACUUAAUUUUUGUUGCUUACUAUCUGAAGGAAAGUCUACCGUCGAAACACAGAGCGACAAUGCUAGUAAAGGGAUUGUCAGGCGCGAUUUCGUACAUUAAUCCUGUAGAUCUUUUUCAAUUUAAUGGAGUGUCCGGCCUGAGUCGCCAGGAUCAACAAGAUUUGAAAACACUGGGCCGGGCGUAUUUUAUAUACCUGUUUAUCUACAGUGGUUUGGAAUUUACUCUGACAUUUUUAACUCAUCACACAUUCAAGUUUACAAGUAUGCAACAGGGAUGGAUGUUUCUCGGAAUCGGACUGACAAUGGCAGUUCUGCAGGGUGGCUGGGUGCGACACAUUCCCCCAAAUAAAACAAAAGCCAUUAGCGAGCUGGGUUUGUGGUUGAUAAUUCCCGCGUUUAUAUGUAUCGGUGUUGCCACUAGCGUACUUCUCUUGUGUACCGGAAUUUUUCUUUUUGCAGUUUCUACUGCUAUGGUUGUUACCUGCAUGAUGACUCUGGUGACACGUAUCGGACCUGAAUAUCAAAAAGGUGCGAUAACCGGAAUAUUUCGUUCUCUCGGGGCAUUGGCACGUGCUUGCGGACCUGUUAUUGCAUCCUUAGCAUUCUGGUGCAUCGGAAGUUCUUUGACUUACCUGAUCGGAGCUGUGCUUCUCACGUUACCGCCGCUCAUUUUACACGGCAUGCGUGCUUUGUAAUAUUUAAUA